AUGUCGCUUCUCAAAGGUAACCCUUCACUCAAUCCAGCGUUCUUCAUCAGAAAGGCAAAGGAUACCUAUUUCGCCCAACACGACGUCCUCCCUUUGACCAGCCCAAAGGCGGUGCGUGUGGAAAUUAAGGCCACGGGACUUUGCGGUUCCGAUCUUCACUACUACCAAGAUGGCCGCAACGGUCCAAAAGUCGUCAGUGCCCCAAUGGUCUUGGGUCAUGAAUCGGCAGGGGUGGUGGUCGAAGUGGGUCCAGCGGUCACCUCGGUAAAAGUUGGCGAUAAAGUGGCGGUCGAACCGUGUGUCCCAUCAAGAUUCUCCGACGAAACCAUGAGUGGUAACUAUCAUUUAUGCCCCCAUAUGGAAUUCGCCGCAUCUCCUCCUACCCAUGGUACUUUGGCAAGGUAUUUCACCGUCGAUGAUAAUUUCGUGGUGAAAUUACCUGAUCAUGUUUCUUUGGAAGAAGGGGCCACCGCUGAGCCAUUGGCGGUGGCAUGUCAUGCCAACAAACUUGCAGGGACCACAUUUAACCGCACGGUGUUUGUCUUUGGAGCCGGCCCAGUAGGUUUACUCGUUGCCGCCACCGCUAAAGCUUUUGGGGCCACCAGAGUGUUGGUGAUUGAUCUAUUCGAUGAUAAGUUACAAUUAGCGAAAAAAAUGGGGGCCACCGACGUUCAUAAUUCCCGUGCCGACCGUGGGAAAUCGGAGUCUGAAGUGGUGGAGGGUCUCACUAGCAAAUAUUUUGCACCAGACAUUGUCUUUGAUGCCACAGGAGUGAAACCUUGUAUCAGAUCAGGCAUGCUCGCGGUGAAGCCAGGAGGAACCUAUGUUCAAGUUGGAAUGGGGAUGAAUAAUACAGAGAUUCCUCUUGGUCCAUUGGGAAGAAAAGAAGCCACGGUAAAAGGAUCUUUCAGAUACUCUUUUGGUGAUUAUCGUGAUGCCGUACAGUUGUUGAGUAGUGGGAAAGUGAAUUCGAAAUUAAUCAUCACCCAUAGAUUCAAGUUCAAACAGGCAAAAGAAGCUUACGAGUUUGCCGGGACUGGUAAAGCAGUGAAAAUCAUCAUUGAAGGACCAACAGAUGAAGAUUUGCUUUUAGCUAAUCAAUCAAAACUUUAA